ACAUUGUAGGUAGAAAUAUUAGAACUAGAGUGGACAGGAGUGCCAAGACAUGUCCCAGAGGUUGUUUAUGGCCUCGUGCAAAAAAUGGAAUGACUUAUAUUCCUUAUGUUUUCAAAUCAAACUAUGAUGCUCAUCAACCAUAGGACGAAAAGGAGGAGCACAAGAUGUAUUACUGCAGGAACCUUACUGCAUAAAUUUUCAUUCUAUACAGAAGGAGUUGAUGCAUGUUAUUGGUUUUUAUCCUGAGCAUCAAAGAAGUGACCGUGAUGAGCAUAUAGAGGUCAAAGUUGAAAAUAUUGUUUCUGGAAAGGAACAUUUUUUUGACAAAGUGGAUUCCAAUAACCUUAACACCCCGUACGAUUAUUAUUCUGUUACUCAUGUCACCACGCUCUAUAAGGCCAAAUCAGUUGAAAAGCCUACUUUGGUACCCAAAAAAAAUAAAAACAUACCUAUUGGACACGUGGCUGGUAUCAGUGUUACAGAUGUUAUAAAAGUAAACAAAUUGUAUCAGUGCGACAUAUGUGGAAAGCUAUAUACCAAGAAUCAUGGAAAUUUCUCCUCCCCAAAUUACCCAGCAUUAUAUCCUAACUAUGCUCAUUGCAAGUGGAUGAUCCGGUCACCUUCAGCAAUGAAGAUUGUCUUGGAAUUUGCUUUCUUUUCUAUUCAUCCAUUUAUAGACUGCCUCCGUGACCAUCUUUCAGUGUAUGAAGGUUCAGAUACUGGUGUAAAAGUCAUACAGAAGAGAAGUUGUGGCAUCAUGGCUCCAGCGGCAGUUUCAUCUCAAAAUAAAAUACUGCUUACAUUUUAUACUGACAACAGCAAACAAGCACAGGGAUUCAGUGCUAAGUAUCAAUUUGUUCACUGUGCAGAAAUGGUGACCACAUCAGAGAAAAAACCGGCAGGUAGAAUUAACCAUAAAGCACCUGACCACAGUUUGGAUACCACAGAAUGUUUUUGGCUUAUCCGAGCACAUGGAGGACACACGAUACAUCUGACCUUUACCACAUUCAACCUUGAAGAAUCUGAAGAUUGUACAAGAUAUUAUUUGCUUAUUCGUGAUGUCUCUAGAGGACCUCCAAUUGUAAAAGAAAGGCUUUGUACUAACAAAAUAGAAUCCGUGGCAAUUGGAAAAGCACUUAUGAUUGAAUUCUAUCAUCGGGGGGCAGACAAACGUCCUGGAUUUAAAGCGGGGUACAAAGCUAUUUUAUCAGGUAAAAGCUUCCUGCAAAGUUGCCAGUGCAAUGUAUUAAUAUUUGCAUUCUACAUUACGUUGAGUUCUUCAUGGACGCUGUAAUUUCCAUCAAACUACUUGAAGCUCCUUUUGUGUAAAUUUACCAUCAGAUUCCAAUAGAUAUUCACAAAUUUGAUGGACAAUAAAUAUGUUUAGUGUUAUCUUGUUUCAGUAAACUUUUCAUUAUUUACUAAUGAUUUUUCUUGUUGAUAUAGAACUUAGAAGGAAAAACAUUUGGCCAAAAAAAGUUGCUUAAAGAAAGGAUAAAAACAUGUUUCAAAAAUGAUAGCUUUCUAAUUUUGUCCAGAAGAAUUUGGGAUCAUUCUUUCUUCAUUUUCAACUAAUUCAUUGUGCUGAUGUUGCAGGGACAGCACCUUAUCCUUCACGGGUUAGAGCUGCCCUGGAUACUUGUGAACAUUUCUGGAACUUACAAGCUUAAUGAUAGAAAAAUCUGUAAUGACCUUCACAAUUUUGGACUGGGUUUUUUCUUUGUUGGUUGUUAACAGUAUAUUUGUUUCCAAUACCUGCUGUGUGUAUUUUUAUGGCUCACCCCAAGGAAUUGAGAAGUCAGAUUCCAUUAAAUAAAAUCGGAGUUGUGUUUGGCUCUUUUUCGUCAUUUACUCUAAAAUAAAUAUUUUGCAGUGUAUUUUGGG